UGUAAUUCCUGUUAGAUUUGUUGUAAAUACAGUUAAAUUUUAUUAUAUAUAAGUGAUUAAAAACAACAUUAAUAUUAUUUUUAGAUACUUUCCUUUGAAAACAAUAUAACUUUCGGAAAAAGACAAUUGUUUUCUAAUUUUAUUCUCCUCUCUCUGUCUGUCUGUCUGUCUUUCACUCAUAAAUACUUGGAUAAUGUCUGUUCGUAUAUUUGAAGGCAUAAAUCACGCCAACAUUUAUGCCCGAUUUAGACCUACAGUUCCCGAUACUGUUAUCAAGCGCGUAUUGGAUUAUCUAGGUGAAAAAAUUGAUAAACAAAAAUGGGAUAUCGCUGUCGAUGUUGGCUGCGGUUCGGGUCAGGGAACUAAACGAUUGGCCCCACAUUUUAAACAGUGUUACGGGUUUGAUGUAAGUGCCGCACAAAUCAAAGAGGCCAACGAUAACAACCAAUUAGAUAAUAUACGCUAUGGUGUAUCGACAGCUGAAAAGUUACCGUCAAUUUCUACAAAUAGUGUCCAAUUGUUGACCGCCUUUGAAGCGGCGCAUUGGUUUGAUUUUGAUGUCUUUAUGACUGAAGCUACUCKAGUACUGGUCAACAACGGUGUGAUAGCAUUGAUCGGGUAUAUGAUUCCCGAUUGUAUAGAUCCGUACGAUCCGGACGAUAAAAGUCUAACUGAGCUCAUGUAUGACGUGUAUUUUGAUGAACGAUUGGCGCCGUUUAAGAACCCGAAAAUAGUGGCCAUUGAAGAUCAUUACCGAAAGAUGAGAUUUCCAACAAAUUACGAAUCAAAACAUAUCGACGGUAUUACAGAACAGAUAACAGUGUCGGCCCAAGAGUUUCUCGGGUACAUUGAGUCGUGGUCUCUAUAUCAGGGACUGGUAGCUAAAGAUCCCGAAACAGCUGAUUAUGUGAGACAAGAGAUCGUACAUAAAUUGCAAUCAAUACUAAAGAUUAAUAACUUAUCGGCUAAAGAGAUAUAUUUUAAAUUCAAUUACUUUAUAGCAUUUGGUCGUAAAAUUAGUGAUAAAUAAAAUGAACAAUUUUUAAUCUAAAAUUAUAUAUUA